CAAAGUUUUUUUUUGUUUUUAAACGGGCGAGUAGCUGCAUACAAAUUAAAUUUCAAAUUUUGUCGUAUGGGUAUGUUUGUCCUUCUUCGGUUCAUUUAGCGCUUAACUCGCACCGAGUAACUGAAAACGUAGAAACCCGCUUAUACAGCUAUUGUACCGAGUUGCUUGCAUGGUUCUAGCGCUGUACAUAGUGACAGACAUACAAUUUUCGAAGUACAACGAAAGUACAGUUGUAUGCCUGCCCUAAGUAUAAAGUUGCAACUCAUCCUAUGUAAUAAACUUCACUAUCUAAUCUAAGAAGCCUCUGACAAUAACUGCUACCUGUCAGAUUAAUAUUUCCUUCCGAAACGAAUCGCCAUGUGGCCCCAAAAAAAAUCCAAAUACGUUAAUCUCGAAACUUUGACGGAAGCACCCCGUCGUAUACGCUUUAAUUUGUUCCACCGUCCUAAGGACAUUGUCAGUGAUAUAGACGCGACCAGAAGGACUGACAUAUCCCAAUUCAACGAUAGCGACACAAGAAAGCGUUCCUGUUUGAAAAAUCGCCCAACAGUCAAUCUGUUCCCCCAAAUUUCACUCAACGAUCUGAGAGAUAAAGAGCUCAAAAAUAUCCUCGACUAUAUGUACUCCUCUGAUUGGAAGGAAGCAUCCACUUUUACCGCCACCGCUAGCUGCGCCAACCUGACACAAAUCCAAGAGUUGAGGAAAGAAGAUAUAACGGUUCAAUUUCCGGAGCGAUUUAGAAAGAAAUCAUCAAUGCACCAACGCAUCGAUUUGCCUGUAAGUGAUAUAGAUCUGCAGAAGUGGUAUACACAACGUUAGUCGAAAAACUCUAAAUAAACGGAUAACAACGAA